AUGGCCAGCAACGAAACGGAUCUUCACAUCCGUGUUCGGUCUGCCAUUCGACGGGCUGUCCAUGAAAAACAACCACUCCAAUUACAACCAUUCUACCUCGAGCUCUGUCCGAAGUACAAAUCUUUCGACAAACCACUCAACACAGUGACUACUCUAGGCGUAUCUGAGUGGCAUUUAGCCUCUUGGCAAAGAUCAGAAUGCAAGCUUCCUGUCAUCAAUGUGGCACUUAUGCCCCCUGAGCACACAGAAAUCUCCUCACACUGCCAACAAUCUAAUUUGCUAAUCCUGAGGUUACCCAUCCCACACAAUGUACGGUUGUAUCAGGAGAAGUUUUGCAACCAACUAAUGGAAAGGCAGUUUAAUGGCUACCAAGUGAUCGGAUGUCAUGUUGCUGAACUCGGAGAGAAUCGGCUCCAACUGAUCUACGUAUCGACCUACUGGGUGCAGCUCAGUGUCCCUGCCGAGAUAGAUGUUGUUCUGGAUCUUGUUGUUCAGCUAAAUAGUGGAUUAUCCAAAUGCCGUUACAAUGCCUACGCAGUUCGCGACAAUGCGCACGAAGAUCGUGUCUACAAAUAA